AUGACGAUUGACGCUCCACGCUCCCGUCCACGUCGGCCGUUCCGACGUUGGCUGGUCCUCGGUGUGACCAUCCUUUCCUACUCCGGGAUGUUCGUGCGAGCGCAACAACAAUCACCGCAACAAUCGCUGUCCGGCGACGUCCUCCGGGACGGACCGGCGUACUGGCAACGCGGUCGGGAUCAUUUCCGGGACGGCCGCUACGACGACGCCGCCACUGAUUUGUGGAAGGCCGUACUCUUGCACACGCAGACACCACCCGCACAAACGUACGAUGUACAGGACGUCUUUCGGUUGUUCCUGCAGUGCUACGUGGUGCGGGACCGGGCCGCCGACGGAUUGGCUUUCGUGGCGGGAGAAUCCUUCCGCCGGGGACAGGACGACAUGGGACGACUCUACCUGCAACAGGCACUCGGCAUGGACCCACGCAACGAUGCGGCGUUGCUCGUCCAAGCCGAAUUCGGCGACGCCGUGGACCAGUCGUUGUCGGCGUCGACAACGGCACCCACGUCGCACGACAACCCCUUUCCGGGACAAACGCCGGAACAACUCUACGAAGUCGCCAGUCGCCAAUUUUCCGACAAGAACUACGAAGCCUGUGCCGACGUAUUCGAACUGUCCUGCCAGCAAUCGGGACGGAAAAUCGGACCCUCCUGUGCCAACGCCGUAUACUGUCGAAACAUGUUGACGGAUUGGGGAUUCAACGGCACACAGUUUGACCGGGACAUGCAGACCAUUGCGACGCUCGUCCGAACCGAAACGGCGCAGUACCGAUUCCGACACGAAACCGACGCGAACCAGUUCGUGUGGCAGCGGGCGACGUCGCCCCAUCCCCACAUGAUGCUCGGUUACCCGGUAGAUCCCUUGCUCAAGCGCUACGUCGCCGAGUCCGCGGCCUACUUGGACGAACAAAUGGCACGCCUCGCCCACACCGCACCCACCGAGACCGCGUUGCCCUCUCUCCCGCCGGGACUACCCUACCACGUCCACGACGAUCGCCAACGGUUUGCUGACGAACGCGCGGCGGAUCCUCACGCCAAAAUACGUGUCGGCUUUGUCGGAUCCGGCUUCAACUCGAAAGCCGUCCUCUAUCUGUCCCAAGAUAUGUUUCGAUUCUUCGGUCGCGAGUUCGAAAUUCACGUCUUUUCCUUUGGUCCACGGGACCAUCCCAUGUUCAUUGAGCGCGGCAUGCGUGGCGUCGAUUGGCGAGAGCGUGUCAAGUCCAACGUUCACUUCUUUCACGAUUGCCAAGCCAUGAAGCUGGAUCACAUCAAAGCCGCACGCUUCAUUCACGACCAGAAUAUACACAUACUCAUCGAAUGGGACGGAUACGCACGUCAGGGCGAACGAGCGCAAGGUCUCUUUGCUCUACGACCAGCCCCGAUUCAGAUCCUCCAUCAAGAAUACCUGGGCACCAGUGGGGCGCUCUACGUGGACUACCUCUUUACCGAUCAAGUGUCGUCACCGCCAUCCCUACAGCACCUGUACACGGAAAAACUCAUCUAUUUGCCGAACCAUUUCUUCAGCAAAGGCCACGCCUACCAAAAGGAAGUCCGCGAGCCACGGUACGAAUACCAACCCGUGACUCGUCCCCAUCAGUUGGGGACGGGCUCUCCCCAAGAAAAUCGCUGUCUCGCUCCGCCCGACGUGGGACCCACCGACGUUGCGUUUGUCUAUUGCAACUUCAACAAAUUUCUCAAAAACAACCCCGAAACGGUCCGCGGCUGGAUACAAAUUCUACGGCAGGUCCCCGAUUCGAUCCUGUGCCUUCUGGACAACCCCCGCGACGGUAUCCCCUACCUCCACAAAUUCAUUCACGAAGCCGCCGGCACUUCCGACGGAAAUUCCCCGGAUUCCUUCCAACCGGGCGACGGGGACGACUUGGUAAACCGCGUACACUUUCUCCCCUGGGAGCCCAAUCCCUUCGAUCACCAGCAGCGGAAUCGCGAUUUCUGCAACGCCAUGUUGGAUUCACACCCCUACAACGGCCACACGGUGGCGCAGGAUGCCCUGUACGCGGGUGUCCCGAUCGUAACCCGCAGCGACGGCGACGACAUGAGUGCGCGGGUCACGACGUCCGCCAAUCUGGUCCUGGGCUUGUCGCAUUUGAACGCCGUACACGGUCCGGCGCAGUACGUGGCGAUUGCCGUGGCGUUGGGGACCAACGCCACGCUGUUUCGGGAAACCCGGGAGCGGUUGAUCGGUACGGCACUCCAGCGGAAUCCCAUGCACCCGUACUGGGAUGUGGCUCGGUACGUACUGAACUUUGAAAGCGGGUUGCGCGUGGUUUGGGAACGUUUUCUUCGAGGCCAAGCGCCGGAUCACGUGGUCGUGGAGGAAACGGCGGACGCCGCGCGGGGUACGUACGACGACAAGAUUCGGGCGCAUCCACCGCAAGGCAACCGGGCACGCCGUGAGCGGGCAGCGAACGAUGAACUGUAG